AUGCCCUUUCCAUCAGCAAGCUCGUACACGCAGACAAAAUGGCUGGCGUUCUUCGCGGAGCUGACGGCAAAACUGACGCAUCACAACGUGCUGGUGGUGAUGGAAGGCGCGGAGCUGCUGAAGCGACUGCUCAUCUCACGCGUGUCCAUCGCCGCAAUUCUGCAGCAAGGGGAGUUGCUGGUGCGGCUGCUCGAUAGCUGGCGGGGCUGUGCGACAGCGGAACGUCUCCCCACGAGAUCACCGGUGGAGGGUACGAGCACCAACACCGCCGCCUCUGCACCCACGUCCGCCCUCGUGGCCCUCAACGAUGAACUUAGCUUUGUGUUGGCGGAGUCCAUCUCGCAGUGCAUCGAUCUCAUGUGCUCCCUCUACGCCGAUGGUGACACCUACUACUGCCUGCUCGUGCUGGCCCGUGCGGGUCCGAUGCUGGAGGUACUGGUGGAUGUGCUGGAGACUGCACCACCGCAGCUUUACGGCAUAACGGCGAGCCUGCUGCAGCAGUUACUGUCACUGCCGCUGGGGCACAGCGAUGUUGAAAUGGUGAAGACGACAAACGACGGCGGGGAGAAGUUUUUGGGAUUAGACAAGGCGACUCUCGCGCAGCUACACAAGUCCGUGGCACUUCGACGCCACAUCCGCGCGCUGGUGGAGGCGGUGCAGGAGCACGGCGCUCUACUGCAGCACACGGCGGACGUGCUAGCUGGCCUGUUGGCGCGACAACAAGGACCUCGCUGCCUGGCGGCUGUGUACCUCUUCAACUGCGCCUCGAAGCGCCUUCGCAAGUUCGAGCUGCGUUAUGGACAAACGAGGACGGACGCACCGCCGUCUUUCUCCGCGGCGUCCGGCAACGUGCUGUACGCCAGCAGCAGCGAUGCGCACCACAGCACCGACGACAACUCGGAGCUCAACGUCACCAUCACCGGCGCACCGCAGGCGGCGGAGUUUUCCGUCUCUCCACGGCGCCCGACAGCAAAAGGAUCUCAACCCGUCGCCUCCGCGUUGGAUGAUUUGGAGGAAGGGGCGGAGUCGUCCACGGCGGCGGUCACACCUUCGAAGUCCCCGCAGCUCGCUUCUCGAGCGGCAGAAACAGAACCCGCGGGCGCAGACAAGUCACCUUCGCCGUCGCUACCUGAAGCUGCGAGAAACCCUGCAGAUGAUGGUGCGAAGUCAAAGAAGUUCGAUCAAAACUCUUCACCGCAGGACGUGAGCGCAGUGGUGGACGCCGAGCCGGUGCGUCAUGCCUGCACGGUGCCGCCGUCGUUAGCAGCGGAGUCGCUUCGCCACCUCGUCGCCUCCCGCUCGCAUGAAGCGUUCUUCGACGCACUGGAUUGGCUGUGGUGCUUGACGGUGGCCGAUGCCGCUGUUGUGGGAGCCGCCCUCACUCCAGAGGUCUUCGCGCAAGGACUUGGGCGUUACCUCAAGGCAGCCCCGCGCACGCGUCGCGAUCGUAUGCUGUUUACGCUGCUUUUACUUUGGCUUGGUCACCUGCAUUCCAUCAGCGCAUUGCGGCAGGACACGCAUCGCUGUUUGCUGGACAUUGCGGCGCGAUCGCUGUUGCCCAUGCUGUUGGCGGAGUUGGGUGAAGAAGGCGGCGGUGGUGCGCCUUCAAGCGCUAGAGAGCCGGCUGCACGGCACACGGCGUCGACUACGGCGUCGCUGAACGUGUCGGCCAUUACCCCAACCGACAUGUACAACACCAGCACGAGCGGCGUGACAAGCGCCAUGGCCUUGGCGGCGUCGACCGGCUACGGUGUGCCCAACGCAGAGUUUCCUUCACUGUCGACUACGGCCACCGGAGCAAGACCGCGUGUCAUGCGAAGUACCUCACCGCCCUCCACGCGUGUGCCGCUUUCCAGCCUCAGGAGGGAUACGGCCCUCUACAUGGAUCAGCCGAAUGGGAACGAAGCGACCUUACUACCCUACGCGGCGGCGCGCAAGAAGCAGGAGGCGGCAUUGCUGCUGCGGCCCUCCAUCGAAGUCGUCCUCUUGGCGUUCUUGCUGAACAUUUACGCGGGCAUCGAGGCAGAGCGACGGCACGCGUGGGUGGGCGACGGCCGCGUGUUGGACGUGGCACUCGCCGCCGUGCGCCGCGCCAGUGGUGUCCGUUCCGCCCUCCUCGACACGCCGACCACCAUCGAUGGGGCGCUGUCCGAUGAGAUCUACCUCGACUACGCCUUGCGAGGCGUGCGGACGGAUGUCACGACCGUGGCGGUGUUGGGCUGCCGGCUGAUGGCCGCGGUGCUGAGCAGCGAGCUGCGGUGGGGGCCUGGCUGGCGCGACGCACAACAAGGAAAGGAAGCGGACUCGAAGGACUUUACUUCCGCUUCUGAAGAGAACAGCGGUGCCGUCGCCGCCGCCAUGCACGCGGAGUUGGUGCUCUUCACCGAAAUUGCGAUGCCGCUGCUGGUGCAUGUCGCCGUCAACAACCCGGAUGUAGCGGCUGCCCAGGAAGGCGGGGCGGCGUCGCCGGUGCACCACGUCCCGGCGAACCUGCGAUGCACCCGCUACACGUCCCUCGGCGAGUCGUCGCUAGUCGCGCUGGAUGCCUGUUUGCAGUACUACGCCCAAAGCGGACAGCUGCGCCGUCGUGGCGGUGGCCAACCAUCUGCCGAUUCAGCGCCAGCACCCGCACCACCAUCAGCGUCAGUGUCAGCAUCAGGGGGCGACGUGUCUCGUGUGGCGAUCGACGACCUUGUGCGUGUGUUGCCGGCUCUUACGCGUGUGUCGCACAGCAGCGUGCACCCGCCGGUCCGCGCCGUUCCCUACCGUUGCCUGCUGUACAUCUGCCAGCGCAUCGAGGACGUGCUCGUGGUGCUGCGUGACAUGCCGUCGCUGGCCAACGCGGCGGUGUCGUGCGUGUUGGACUACACCGCUGCGGCGUCUCAGUGGGAAGUCGCGGCGGCGGCUGAGUGGCUGACGGUGCUGGUGGACUUGCUGAGCGAGGCGGAGUGGACGACGGCCACCGUGGCGAACGAGAGACCACCGCCGACGGUGGACACUACUGUUGCUGGAGCAGACGGCGCCGAGGAAGACCUGAAGAGGCGGCAGCGACGCCGACACUUCUUCUUCUCCCCCGCUGAGCAGCUUCAAGAAUACUUCCACUUUGACGACAGCCCACUCGCGCGCAAGCUGUUGACCAGCAUAGCUGCGGCCCGUCGCAGCAACACAGGCAGCGCAUACGCAAUGUCCGCGCUGUUGCAGCUCGCUGUGCACCUUCAGACAUACAUUGAUAACCGUCAGCGACUCCGUGAUGCGCACAACAGGCAGCAAUCGCAGAAGCAACCGAGCCCUUUGUCACCUCACGACAAGACAUCGCGCCCGACCAUGGAGGAGACAGCUACGCAGCCGUUGACGCCUGCUGGGUUGUCUUCCAUCCCACAAUGGAUCUUGUUGCUGCAGAGUGCCGCGGCCGAUAACACGCGUCUGACGCGCAUCUGUGCGGCCUUCCAGCGAUCACGCGACCGCCACAACUUGCAAAGGACAGAAGGAGAGGGUAGCGUCGAAGCAAGCCUGAUGACGUCUUGCGCUCAAGGAAAUGCAGCCGCACCGGAGGAGCAGCGCCAAGCAAGCGCAAGACCUGUUGUGAAGGAUGCCUGGGUGCGUGCGCUGACCGCCUCCGAGCAGAUCGCGCUCCAGUUCACGUUCACCGCAACGCUGUUCCGCGCACUCGACAUGCUGCUGCGCCGAAACACGGCUGCCGCCUUGCUGUACGGGAAUCAGUUCAGCAACGCAUUGCUCAGCAGUGCUGUUGUCGCCGCUGUGUCGCUGCCCUCGCCGAGUGCCGUAGCGGCGCUGCUGUCCAUGCGUUUCCACGCCUCUCGCGCCGCGUGGGAAAGGGACAGUGCGGUGUCCUCGUCAUCCUCCUUUUCUUCGCCUGCGCUGCUUUUCGGUUACCAGGCCGCCAUUCAGUGGGCCUGCUGUGUAGGGGCAAACUGGAUGCGUCGUGCCUACCCUUGUUGCCGCAGCAUCGCCAAGGGCAAUGCCACACCGGUGUCGUGUGGAGGCGGAUUACCGAGUCCGUGCAGCGCGGCGCUCGUGGAGGAGCUGAGCAGCGCUACCGUGGCCAUUAUGCGAGACACCACUACGACAGGCCUCUCCCAGCGCACGAGGUGUGAGGCAGCUGCGCUGCUUUCCGCCGUGGUUGAAGCGUGUCCUGCAGCUCACUUGCCCUUCCUCGAGUCAUGCGGCGCUGACUUGUUUGCAGCCUCUACGGUCCUUCGUCGAACACCCUCUGUGAGCGGCCUGCAGUGCCGACUGCUACGCCGUCUCUGGAGUGCCGCGCGGUACGCCGCAAGCGCGGAACACAACUGGUUGCAAGUCAAUUUGGACGCACUGCGGUCCACCGUGGACCGCAUUAAGGAGAACAGCCUUGGGGUGCUGCAUGGCGCUGAUGGCCACCGUGACAGCUCCCCGCGCCGCGGCCGAAGUGCGCAACAGCGGAACCGGCAGCUCUCUGGCUCCCCCAAACCGCGCGAUGCCGCAGGUAUGGCGCACGAUCUGCAAGCAUUUCAGGUGUUGACGGCACUGCUGACGAGCCUGGUGGCGUGCGUUAGUAACGGCAAGAGUGCGGAAGUCUCUUCGGCGCAGUCGGCGGUGCUGUUUGAGCCAUCGCAGCGCCAGACGUUGUGUGCCAUCCUCUGCGAUGCGCUGCGUGUUUCGCCGCUUCGUCAUUGCAUCUUGACAGCCCUGAAAGGGAUGACAGAAACCACGGAAGGACGGCGCUGCCUGUUGACCGACAUAUCAAGCGCGGGGGAUCCUUUGGGACGCACCCUGUUUGGGCGCGUUUUGGCCCUCUCGUUGCACCUUCCUUGCAGAUGGGCAGGGCUGAACCACGCGAGCCGUCAACCCUCAGCUGCUGCUGCUGUCUCUCCCAUUUCCACACAGCAACGUCGCCAACAACACACGCAACAGCGUUCACUGUCUCCCUCAGCGACCACCUCACCGCGAUCUUCUCCAACGAGCGGUGGCGUGGUGUGCGGCGACGGCGUUGAUGCUGACCCUGUAGUGGUUCUGGGCUGCGACAUCUGCACCGCACUGCUAGGCCAAGAGCACGCGGAGGAGUUGGCUGCUGUGGAUGAGGUCGGUGAUCACUCUCCUUCAGACCUAACACCCUCAACAGGCUCGGCACCAGCAGCAACAGCAGCAGCCGUCGUGCCCAUCUCGAGCUUCUCUGCUGCCUUCAUGCGUCACCGUGGCUUGGAGUAUCUGUCUAAGGGCAUUGCGGAGUGUGACCAGCAGCAGCGCCGGCAAGGACGCUCUUUAACCGUGCCGCUGCACCUGCUGCGUCUUCUGGCUGCGCUGUCGCUGCAGGGCUCAGCGGUGAAGGAUAUUGUCAAGAGCGGAGAUUUGUUCAGCGUUGUACUGGAGCUCGCCGGUGCUGCCUUUCCGCCGCACGCGAUGGCCGCUACAUUGGCGUUGCUGACCCUUCGUAAUGUGUGCUUUGACAAUGACCUGAAGACGACGUUGUGUCAAGACGCUCGCGUGCUUCUGACGCUCAAGGCCGCGGCCCUGAAGCUGACCUGUGUGAGUCAGCUUAUCGAAGACACGCCGAGGCCAGCAGCGCUGCCUGGGAGCGGAAGCCCCAAGGGUGCCCCUGGCGGCAGCAUCCCGUCCAGUCCCCCCGGCAAUCGUCGAACACGGGUCGAGGUCACGUUGCGCGACGACGUUGUGGAUCUAGAGAACCAAACGGUUGUUGCGUGGGCAACACAGAUGUGCAUGUAUGCUCGGGCGCGGAACCGUGACAACGUGGCGAGAGCAACACCUGUGCAGCUCGACGCUGCGCCUGUCAAGUCGGAAAACAACGCAGGCACAGCGGCAGCGAAGAUGGGUGCGAAGCAGAACAGCAGUGCGUCCUUGACACCCGGCCGGCGAGCCGCUUUUGGGGAUAUCACCAAUGCUGCUACUCAUUCUGUUUCGGAAGUGUCUGCACUGAGCGACGAGUUGAAUGACGGUGAGAGAGGUCUAAUGAAAGAGACGGCUGUCGAUGCGGAAGCAGCGCGGCGGCAGUAUCUGGCGGCCACGGCCCUUGCUUCCCUUUGGUUUGACAAUCAACGCGGCAAAGCUGCUAUCGCAGAGGUGCUCUCCGUGGCACCGUCUUGUGACAGGGAGGAAAUGCACACACUUGCCCGUGUUUCUCACUAG